AUGCAGAUCGUUCGUCACUCCGCUCCAGGCUACGAAGAAGCCCGCAUAGGACGGGUCUUCAACGCCCGUCGACCAAGCCGAUACCCUCUCGCCGUCGUCAUGGCACGCAACACAGCCGACGUGAUAGAGGCAGUCCAGCUGGCGAUCCGCUCAAACUGCCGCGUGGCGAUCCGCUCGGGCGGCCAUUCGUGGGCAGCGUGGAGCGUGCGCGAUAACUCCGUCCUCAUCGAUCUGGGCGAGUUCAAAACGCUGCAAGUCGAUCCUGCGGCGCUGCGUGCCAGAGCAUCUCCCAGUAUUACGGGCAAGGAAUUGAACGGCAGGCUUGUCCAUGAGUAUGGAUUGAUGUUUCCCGGUGGACAUUGCCCGGAUGUCGGGUUGGGAGGGUUUCUUCUCCAGGGGGGGAUGGGAUGGAACUGUCGGGGCUGGGGAUGGGCCUGCGAGCGGGUCGAGGCGGUGGAUGUGGUCACUGCCAACGGAGAUCUCGUCCAUUGCAACAAAGACGAGCAUGCAGAUCUCUACUGGGCGGCGAGGGGGGCAGGGCCUGGCUUCCCCGGGGUGGUGGUUCAAUUCCACCUGAGCCUGAUCAAGAACCCUGUCUUCCGAUCGUCCGGAUACCUCUACCCGAUAUGCGAAUACCGCCGGGCCUUUGACUGGAUUCUAUCGCUGACGCCCGGGUACGACGCCGACACCGAGAUCACAGUGGUAGCACAGUACCCCGAGGGAAGGGAGGAGCUGUGUCUUUUCAUCCUGCUGGUGUGCAUGAAACCCACGGCCGAAGAGGCCGAACAGGCGCUGCUCCCCGCCCAGCAAUCACGACCCGACGGAACAGUGGAGGAAUGGUUCUGCAAGGAGGACAGCUUGCACGCGCAGUAUGAGAACCAGGGCAAGGCUAACCCAGACGGUCACCGGUACUGUGCAGACAACGCCUAUCUCGCCAACGAGACCGCAGAUGUGGCCGCCGUGCUGGAGGAGGCCUUCACCACGCUGCCGCAUCGGAAGGCGUUUGCCCUGUGGUACGCGAUGGAUCCGUGCAGUCGUCGUCCGCUCCCGGACAUGGCCCUCAGUCUGCACUCAGACCACUACUUUGCCCUGUACACCGUGUGGGAAGACGCGACGGACGACGAGCGGUGCACUGCGUGGGUGCAGGGCGUCAUGCAGCGGGUCGCCAGUCACUCUGUCGGCGCAUAUCUGGGCGAUUCGGACUUCCAAGCCCGGCAGACGCAAUACUGGAGCGAGGAGAAUACGCAGCGGCUGACGGCCAUCCGUCGGAAGUGGGAUCCCGAGGCCAGAAUCUGCGGUUAUCUGGGGAUGGAAUACGUCUCGUCGACGCGGCCAUGGCGAGAUGGGGUCGGCUCGACAUUGUGA